AUGGUGAUGCCCAAACGAGCCAAAAGGCUGGUCAAUCCCGAGCUACGGAAGAAGGUCAGCAAAGCGUGUGAGGCUUGCAAGCGGCGCAAAGUCAAGUGCAAUGGGCAACAACCAUGUGCGUACUGCUGGCGAAAAUCUGCUAAGUGUGAGUAUGCUGGAAUAGAUAAGCGAUCGCUUCGGCGAAAACUCAAGGACGAUACCGAAGAGAAGCCCAAAAAAGAUUGGGAUGAGAAGCUGGACCUUUCCCCCAAGACCAAACCCGGUUCCGGCCAGGAAUUGAAUUUAAGUGGAGAGAUCAACGAAGAGGUAGCCCCACUUGGUCAGUUUGCUCCAGAUGGUAUCAAUACGUUGUCGCCAUUAUCGUCAUCCAACGGGUCGGAGUUGGCUCCUGAGUUACAGAAAGAUGAAAAUCCCUACGAGAAUGGUAAACUGACAAGGUUUCUUACCAACUACGCCGGAAAUGCCCGAUUCUUUGGCGAAAGCAACCCUUUAUCGCUUUUACAGGAGUGUCGUAUCGUAUUCAUGGCUAUUCAGGGCCCUUCUCACUUUGUAUCCGAUCCUAAGAUUGGAAUGGUUCAUGAUGAGCCUGAUCGCAUUCGGAGACAGUAUCCAGUGCAAGUUCCAAGCAGGGAGGUGACAAGCAAGCUUUUGAAGCUUUUUAAGGAGAAUAUAAACGAUGUUUAUUAUGUGUUCGACAUGGCAUAUUUUGAAGAGAGCAUUGUUGGAGCAUUCUAUAGAAAUCCUCUGGGUAUUCCUCCUGAAAAGAUUUGCUUACUCUAUCUUGUUUUGGCAAUCGGAAUGCUCUUUGCUGAAACAUCUCAACUCGUUCAAAUCGAAGAGAUCAGCGAGAUGGACCCCUCUUAUUUCUACGACAGUGCUAUCAUCGUUCAACGCACGUUAGACUAUGAUGGGCUCCUCUGGCAGGUUGAAGCCAAUCUUCUUAUCCAUUUCUACUAUCAGGCACAGCCAAAACGGACGUUGUCGUGGCUCCAUCUAGGAGUGGCAAUCCGGCUCGCUCAGGGAAUAGGACUCCAUCGGAGAGUUGUCAACGAAAAGUACAUGUCAGAAAGGUACAACACGCACAGGAGGCGUUUGUGGAUGACACUAUUUAUUUGUGAUCGGGUUUCGUCCAUUAAUUUGGGAAGGCCACUAGGUAUCAACGAGUAUGAAUGGGAUGACUUAGGUACAAUUGUAUCGCUCAAGGAUCCAGUGGAAAACCUCAGACUUAGAUGUCAGUACGCACUCAGUCAAAUAUCGGCCAUCAAUGGAAAAAUUGUGGAGAAUAUAUACCACGACUCAUCCAUCAGACUACGAGGGGCAAUUGAGCUAGCCAACGAACUCAAGGUCUGGUCGCUGAAUCUUCCAGAAGACUUGAACUUGAAAACCACUUUUCACAAAAUAACACAGGAAGAUGAUUACAAUUUGAACUACCUGCUUGUGCUUCUCCAUCUUUCGCAAUUCUCUGGAAUCAUGCUCUUGUGCAAGCCAUUCUUCAUGCACGUUUGUAUUCGGAGGCUCAAGCUCAUCGAGGUGUCAGACAAGAAGAAUGAUGAGUUUUACUCCAAUUUCAAGAAUGCGGCUAUCAAGGCUGCGUUUCUCUCGAUAAAUCUCAUCUCGAAAUAUGUGGAUCACAACCUGGAGAGGCUCGAGCUGUUUGCCACGAUUUACGGGUGCUUUUUUGCUUCCCUCAUUUUAGCAUUUACAUUGUUUGAGCAAACAAGGUUGAAAUCAUCGAACAAAGAGUAUAUCAAGACUUUAACCAGUGCAGUGAAUCGUGGAAAGACCAUUUUGUACGACUACGGGGACUUCAAUGCCACUUCGGAAAGGUGGAGCGAAAACUUGGAGAAUAUGCUCAUUGCUAUUUUCAACGACCAGUCAGGGUCACCGUCUGUUGCUAGCCUGUUGGAUGACUUCGAUAUGUUCAAAGAAGAAAUCGUGAAUAUGAAUCUUGCAGAGAACGGACCCCAGGAGGAGUCGAUAAACUUUCAAGAAACCUUUGUUCCGACCACAUUUGGGGCCAUAACGGAUGAUGAUUUGAUUACCGCUAAUAUGGAGAAUCCCCAAUUUUUGGAUAUCUUCAUGUACAAGUAA